AUGGACUUACAACUCAAACCGGCGGGAAGGCGACGACGCACUCGAAUCAACCAAGCAAACCAGGAUACCAUCAAGUGUUUGAUAUGCCAAGAUAGCUUUGCUAGAUAUACUUGCCCGAAUUGUAACCUGCGCUACUGCAGUGUAGAGUGCUUCAAAUCACAAUCACAUUCAACAUGCUCAGAAUCGUUCUAUAAGAACGCUUUACUGGAAGACAUCCAGCUUGAUGGAUCGGCCGACGGCGGAAGCCAAUCCCAAGCAGCCAUGCUGGAAAUGUUACAAAGGAUCGAGGCCGGCGGACCGCUUUCGGAUGAGGAUGAAAAUGGUAGUGAUGCCGAGUCGCUCGAGUUGACAGCAGACCAACUGAAUAGGCUGUCGAAGGACGAGCUGUUGGGAUUUUUAACGGCGGAACAAAUAGAAGAAUUCAAUCGGAAAGUCUCGAAUGGCGACCUGGACCCGACCUUCAUCCAAGCCACCAUCAACUCACAAUGCCAGGACCCAUGGUGGCUUGAUCGUCAACCAGAUCAAUCGAAUCCAAGCUCACCAUCCACAGUUGAUCUGCUCGACCAAUCUGUCUUGCCUGCCUUACCUGAUCGCCUCAACCCUCAGUUAUUUUAUCAUGUUUUUUCCUUGACGCUUGGAUACGUAUCUCUACUCCGACAUUAUGGGCUCAGGAGUCUAUUCGAAGCGACGCAAGAAGAUCGCAUUGAUCUUCUAUCUCAGCUCCCGAAGUUCUUACCAAUUUUAUUUGACAGUGAUUUAAGACUGGAGUCGAUAACCGACUGUUUCGGCCUAUUCUUGAAGAAGCUUCCGAACAUGGGACCUGAAUCAAUACCCUUCUUGAUCAAAGAUCUGCGGUACUUAUUUCCUGACUCCCAAUCGAAACCCAAGAAAGCCCUGAUCGUUGAAGUCACGACGGAUGGCAAUCCGAUUCCUUCUAGAGAGACAUGGUGUUCCCUGGCGCUCUCGGAUUUAUACCGGUUUUUGAACACUCAUGGCUGGGGAUACAGUCAUCCCAAGUGCAAUCGGAAAUCAAUCUUGAAAAAGCUGCUCUUUUUCAUCUCGUUUUCUAUCGACUCCACACGGCUCAACAGAUUUAGUCAAGAAAUUGACAAUGAUGAAUCUCGCCUUGAGUGUGAUCUUCGAUCGGACGACAACGAUGAUACUUUGAAUCCAGAUCAGCUUCCAUUUUCUGAUCUCUUGGUUGGAAAUCCUUCCAGCAACAGCUACCAUUCAGACCUCCCUAGAAAGCCCCCCAAAAUCAUUGAAACUUCCAGUACUGAUAACAACGAUUAG